UGUCUAUGAUUGUUGGUUUGUCAUCGUCCAAACGUCUCUUUUUCAGUGCACCAAAAUAUUCUGAAAUAAUGGCAACUGAAGUAGAAGAUACCAUCAAGCGAAUCCAAGCCCAUAAAGGUGUUAUGGGUGUAGUGAUAGUAAAUCAUGAAGGCAUUCCAAUAAAGAGCUCUUUAGAUAAUGCUACUUCGGUGCUUUAUGCGGGUUUGAUCGGUCAAUUGACAGAGAAAGCGAAGAAUGUUGUAAGAGAAAUGGAUUCCACUAACGAGCUGUCAUUUCUACGAGUACGGAGCAGAAGACACGAGAUCCUGAUUGCUCCAGACCGUGAAUUUAUUCUCAUUGUUAUUCAGAACACAUCAGAUUAAUUCUGACUGGAUUCUGGUUAAUGUCACAUCAUUAAUAGGUCAUGAGAAUUCAAAAUGUAAAUAUUCUCAAUUCUCCACAAAGAUUUGUUUCAACCAACAAAAAUCGACUUAUAUAUAAUGUAUUUUUAGACUAUCUCUCUCUACCAGAAAAAGUAGGUAAUGUGCAAUAUCAAAUUUCUUUCUUUAAGAUUUGUAAAUCAGUCACGCAUAUUUCGUUUUAUGGCAGAAAAAGUCGUGGCCAACAGGUAGUUAAAUUUAGGCUGAGUCAAACCAAUUAAUCAACCGUGAUGAAUUCAAACUGAUGUAAUGCAUGGAUUAUAUUUUCGUUUCGUUUAUGUGAACUUAAUUAUUCUGCUUGCACUAGUAUCUGUCGCUCUGAAGCAGGGAUCUGCAAAUACUCACGCUAGUUCUGUUAAAUUAGUCAUCAGUUAUUUUAAACCAGUUUUCCUGCACCCUGGGAACUGCAAGACACUGUAAUAAAUUUGUUUAUAAAAGAAGUCUUCUAUGCAUUGUUCAUCUUCAAAGGUACAGUUCGAAAGAAAAAUGUGGUGUAUAAAAUUUUUUAGAGAGCUCUUCAUGUAAAGUCGAUUUAAUGGAACCUAUUUUAAAUUAAUUAUAUUUUAUUGCUUAAAAAUACUAACGUGCGCAUUAAUAUUUUUCUGCUUUAUGUAAGACAUGUAGAUGUAUAGAAAUGUAUUCGGUUGUAUUUAUUAUUUGUUAGUACAUAAGCAUAGGUAUCUUUUAUAAUUUGUGAUAAGUGUAAAGUGCUGAUGUUCAAUCUCAAAUCGAAAUAAUUUCAGUGAAUAACUUCAAAUCACUAAUGCCAUGUUUAAUCUAUCUACUAGCAAACUGGCUGAAAUUUGGAAUGCAGAAAGCCCCCGCGGAAACGGAUUUUAUCCGGGCGGAGUAGCGGGUGAAUUCUAUUUUUCAAUUAACCAUGUUAAACAGAUAAGAGAGAAAGAUAAUUAUUAUAACCAUUCAUCACCAGCCAGAUUAAUUUCAAAAAAUUUUAAUGUAUUUUAAUAUUUCAAAUCUUAAUGCUAAUAAGGUAUGUCUGAUCAUAUAUCUUCUUCGAAAUCUUGAAAACAGAAGUUUAUGCACUGUUUUCCAAAACUAGUAAAACGACAACUUUUGAUAGCUUGGCAAGGAUUAACUAAGUGACCAAUUUGUAGCAAGUAUUUGUGUUAUAUUUUUUUACAAACUAU